UGAGAUAGUAACCGCCACAUGGUUUGCUAGACGAGGAAGGAGUAAGCGAAAAUUAGUGACCUUUUAGACUAAUAAAAAAAUCAUAAUUUAACUAGAUUUCAAAUGACCGUAGUGUGAAUCAGGUUUGUACACAUAAGAUUGCUUGUGCUUUUUUAACUACAAAAAACAAGCCUGAUAUAGCAAAAAAAUGGAAGAGUUGGAGAGAUGGUGGAAAGUAAUCACAUAAAUCUAAAUCACAAUGGUUUUGGUGCCAGACACCUUGACUAACGUUAUCAGUGGACUUCGGGGGGGAAAAUAAAAUGCUAAAAAUUGUAGUAUAUGACACCUAUGUAGUGUAUGUGUUAUUCUUAUCUGCUCUGUCUUUUUCAGCACUGAGAGAUAACCGUAUUCAGUUGGUAAAGUCCACAGCCACAGAGCUGAUAAUCACCAUCUCGGAUGUUCAGCUGUCAGAUGAUGGAGAGUACACCUGUUCAAUUUUCACCAUGCCUGUACGGACUGCACGAGCCACAGUUACUGUACUGGCACCAGCCGCUCCUGGUGUUCCAGGUAAGCCGGUGAUAACAGGUUUUGAUGAUGCUGUUGAGGAGGGCGGCAAGGUCACUCUCACCUGCACGAGUUCAGGCAGCAAACCUCCUGCUAAACUACACUGGUACCGCGAUCAAGAGGAGAUACAAGGGCGUCCUGAUGUUGUGGAGUCCAACCCUGAUGAACCGACCUACACAGUAACCAGCGAGCUCACCCUCACUGUCACCAGAAACGAUAACAACGCUCUGAUCACCUGUGCAGUGGAUCACCCGUCCAUUGCCAAUGGAGACAAGAGGACAGAGCAGCCCCUCAGUGUCUUGUUUUCUCCAAGCAUGUCGAUUCAGCCAGAGAGUGACCUGCCCAGAGAAGGAGAGAAGUUUUUCCUGCAGUGUGUGGGGAACGGAAAUCCAGAGCCGACUGCGUUUGUGUGGCGGAGAAAAGACGCAGAGCUCCCCCCGCUGGCAAAGGUGGAUGGUGCGUUCCUGCGCUUCGAAUCCCUCAACAAGUCGGAUAAUGGUGUUUAUGAGUGCCAGGCUGAUAACGGGAUCGGCAUGGGGGACAUAACGCACACCCUUCUGGUACAAGACCAGGAAGAUUCAGACCUCUUUAUUCUCACCUCUACUUUCCCUUCAUCCUCUGCUUUUCCCACUGAUUCUUCUGAAACUUCAGUUUCAACAUCUGCUGAAGACACAACUCUUCCUCCAUUUUCGUCAUCUUCCACUACCUUCCCCACAUCCACUCUUACCUUCUCCUCCACUCUCCCUCCUUUCACUUCUGCUCCUUCCACAUUCCCUCCCUCUCCUGAAGUUCCCACAACAUCUCUUUCCAACGCUCUCUUCCCUGAUCUCACUCUUCUGCCCUCCUCCGUUCCUGCUCGCACCCCUCCCUCACCCCCCUCCUCCUCCCCUGCCACUCCAUCAUCUGUUCCUCAGCUGAAUGGAGUGCACACCUUUACAGAAGCCGGAGUGAAUGCUGCAGACCCUACAGCGAUGUCCACCUCUUCAGGAGUAGACCAUGCUGUGAUUGGUGGAGUAGUUGCUGUCAUUGUCUUCAUCAUGCUUUGUCUCCUCAUCGUCCUCGGCAGAUACCUCAUCAGACACAAAGGUACGUACCUGACUCAUGAAGCGAAAGGUUCCGAUGAUGCUCCGGAUGCAGACACGGCCAUCAUUAACGCUGAGGGUGGCCACUCUGGGGUGGAUGACAAGAAAGAGUACUUCAUUUAGAGAUCCAUCCCUCCGCUCCCUCUUCCUUCACACGCUUCAGUUCACUCAGCCUGACGGGGAAAAACGGGGAUGGCAGAGAGAGAGGAAAUAUGUGAGGAAAAAAAACAAAAACAAGUGUUGACCUGUUCGAACUGAAGGACCUCAAAUAAGCUUCGACACACAGGACAGGGAAGUGAGAGUUACGCACUGGCACGUGGGCUCAUUUUCACACACACACACACACACACACAUACUAUUUCUCCAUUACCAUAAUGACACGUGAGCAAACACACUUGAUGAGACAUAAAUAAUAAAAAGAGGCAAUAUGACAGUGACCACACUUUCCUCGUCUCCCAUGAUUCCUUUCAAUCGGUCCAGAUGUACUCUGGCACAUGUUGCACAGUGAUAUGUGCAUGCAUGAACUUUCAGGACACAUGGUCUGCUCCCAAAACCAUCGAAAGACACAGACUCAUAACAGGCAUGCAUGCAAACACACACCGAACAUAAAGUGUCUUAAAUUCUUAAAAUUUAAUUUAAACCAUGCAACCCUGCAAUAUCACUGACAGAUACACACACACACACACACACACACACCACCUCAGUGUUACACUAUCAUACACACACACACACACACACAGAAUAACCAGGCAAAAACAGCAGCCCCUGCAACCAUUAUGUGGGACCCCCGAAAUAAAUUGAUAAAUACAUAUAUAUAUGAUUAUAUAGCAUCAUUUUUACUCAGUGUGCUGUAAAUAUAUCCUCUAUCUCUCUCUCUAACCUCACUGUCUGAUAUUGCAGUAUAUACUCUCUGAGCCUGCCUGGUUUCUUACAUGUGUGGAAAUGCCGAGUUGAUAAAAAAUAUCUGGACUAUGGAAAAAAAAACAUGGUGUUAUGAAAACUUCAGUAAUAUUUGUAUGAAUUACUUUCUCUUUGAGUUUGAUUUCUGGUGUUUACUGUUGGUGCAACAGUCUAGUGUCAUUUCAUCAACCUGGGAAGAUUAUUAUUAUUAUGAGGUCCUUAAUCUCAAUGCAUUACAUUGUGCACUGAUGUGUCAUUGUAUCAGGCCCAGUGAUUCGCUCACUCACGCCACCUUCAGGAAUGAAUCUUCUCUGUUCUUCAGUGGCGGGACUCUCAGAAAAAGCAGGGUAAAACAAACUACUGCUCUCUAUCUCUCUCUGUCUCUUUCUCUUACUGAUCAUAUUCUCACUUUCUUCCACACCUCUUGCCAGUCUGUUCUUAAAGCUAGAUUAUUGCUAGACUUACACCAUCAUUGUAACCACAGACCAUAGUGACAUUCGAAGGGAGUUUGGGGGUUUAGACGGUUGCAUCAUGCAAUAAACUGGCGAUUGUAUAAAAUAAAAAAAACAGUUGAUUAAAUCUGGAUUUUUAAAGGUGAUGUGUGUAAUUUUCAGUAUGCCAAAAUCCUUACUCCUAUCCAAUCUUAAUGUGAAUAGACUGUAAAUAAGCCAUUUGUAGGUUGAUUCCCUGUGGCACUAUCAAAACUCUGCUCUGUUUUUUGAGCAUCCCAACCUCCUAACAUAUAACUUUGGCUCAACCAAUGGCAUGCAGUCGGAUUCAGUUUGGUGGCUCAGAAAUUACACACUUUUAAAUAUGUUUUAAAUUUGUUAUUCAGGAAUACUGCUUCACUAUGUAUCCAGCUGAUUUUUUUUUCCUAAUCCAUGCAGAUCUGGUAACCGAUAUGAUUACAGAAAGUGGCCAGUUGUCAUUUCUAUAUCCCUAUUCCUUUUCAGUAGCUAUUUACCUAGAGGAGAAGGUUGGAACUGUGACUUAGGUGUUGAGUUAUAGUGCUCAUGCAAGCAAUGCAGGUUUGAAUCUGGCUUGUGACAUUUUUCAAUUGUAUUACACCUAGACCCUCUUCCAAACAUUUAUUGUCUUUAAAUGGGCAAAAAUG